AUGCGCCGACCCACCGUGAACACUUCUGCCUUGGGCAACGUCACACAGCAACGCACUCUACUUAAGCCAGCUCCCAUCGACCAAAUGCGGCACUCUGCAGUCAUGAGCCAAUCGCGGACCAAAUCACCGAACGGCGAUGCUGAACAUGAGGAGGAAAUCCAAUAUGGCUCUGAAGAGGUCCGACGUGAGCUGGACGAAAAAUACCCAAACAGACCACACAAUUUCGCCAAGACGCUUCUAUUUUCUAAUCUUUACAGAGACCUCUUCAACCCGCUCAAUGAAAACAAGCGGCAGCCUACUGGCGGCGUCGCCCGCAACAAGGGCCCUCACGGCCAGACGCAUCUCUCGCCGCAGGAGCAGCGUCGCCACAUCAUCGACCGCUUCAUCACGCGCUGGCGCAAGGAGGUCGGUCCCGAUUUUUAUCCUGCGCUGCGCCUCAUUCUGCCUGACAAGGACCGCGACCGCGGUGUCUACGGCUUGAAGGAGAAUGCCAUAGGAAAGCUUCUCGUCAAGCUGAUGAAGGUUGACAAAAACUCCGAAGACGGCUACAACCUGCUUCACUGGAAGCUGCCGGGUCAGACGACUGCAUCGCGGCUCGCUGGCGACUUCGCCGGGCGCUGCUACGAGGCCAUUUCCAAGCGCCCGAUGCGCACCGAGCCCGGCACCAUGACGAUUGCCGAGGUCAAUGAGCAGCUGGACAAGUUGGCGGCAUCGGCCGGGGAGAGCGAGAACCUGCGCGUGUUUGAGACGUUUUACAACCGCAUGAAUGCCGAGGAGAUGCUGUGGCUGAUCCGCAUCGUCUUGCGGCAGAUGAAGGUGGGCGCAACGGAAAAGACGCUGCUGUACCUGUGGCAUCCGGAUGGCGAGACGCUCUUUAGCGUAUCGUCGAGUUUACGUCGGGUAUGCUGGGAACUGUGGGAUCCGGCAGUGCGGCUCGAGUCAGAAGGUGCGGGCAUCACGCUCAUGCAGUGCUUCCAACCGCAGCUGGCGCAAUUCCAGUUGCCGGCGUCGUUUCAGAAGAUGACUGAAUUGCUGCGACCGACGGAUGACGAUGCCGAGUUUUGGAUCGAAGAGAAGCUCGACGGCGAGCGCAUGCAGAUGCACAUGAUGGAGGACCCAAACACGCCAGGAGGCAAGCGCUUCUGCUUCUGGUCACGCAAGGCCAAAGAGUACACCUAUCUCUACGGCCACGGCUUCCAAGACGACAACUCGAGUUUGACACGCCAUCUAAAAAACGCAUUCGCGUCGGGCGUGCGAAACAUCAUUCUUGACGGCGAGAUGAUUACCUGGGACAUGGGUGUCGACAAAAUGGUUCCCUUUGGCACCCUCAAGACGGCCGCGCUCGCUGAGCAGCAGAAUCGCUCCGGCUCGGACUCGUCCGGCCACCGCCCCCUGUUUCGCGUCUUUGACAUUCUCUACCUCAACGACAAGCAGCUGACGCCGUACACACUGCGUGACCGCCACACGGCACUAGAAAAGGCCGUCAAGCCCGUACAUCGCCGUCUCGAGAUCCAUAGCUACACGAGCGCCACCUCUCCUGACGCCAUUGAACCGCUGCUGCGCGACGUCGUGGCCAACGCCUCCGAGGGUCUGGUGCUCAAGAACCCGCGCUCCAUGUACCGCCUCAACAGCCGCAAUGACGACUGGCUCAAGGUCAAGCCCGAGUACAUGUCGGAAUUCGGCGAGUCGCUCGACUGCGUCGUCAUCGGCGGCUACUACGGCUCCGGCAAGCGCGGCGGCAUGCUCUCGAGCUACCUGUGCGGCCUGCGCGCGUCGCCCAACCACAUCAAGGCUGGCGCGGACCCGGAAAAAUGCUUCAGCUUUUUCAAGGUCGGCGGUGGCUUCCGCGUCGAAGACUAUGCCGAGAUUCGGCACCGCACCGAGGGCAAAUGGAUCGACUGGGACGUUCGCAACCCGCCGUCGACGUACAUUGAGCUCGGAGGAGGCGAGGCCAAGCAGUACGAGCGACCGGAUGUCUGGAUCCGGCCAAAAGACUCCGUCGUCGUGUCGGUCAAGGCGGCGAGCGUCGGCCCCUCGGACUCGUUUGCGCGCGGGUACACGCUGCGGUUUCCGCGUUUCCGACGCCUGCGACUGGACCGCGCGUGGGACAGCGCACUGUCUGUGGAUGAAUUUCAGAGCCUAAAACAGCACGUUGACGAAGAGUCAAAGGACAAGGCUAUGACGAUGGAGGACAGGAAGCGUCGCAACCCGAAGCGCCGGAAGAGAGAAAUUGUGAUUGUGGGUGGCGAUGUGACGGGCCCUUCACCGCAAAGAACCCCCGAAGAGACGGCGCUGUUCCGGGGCAUCGAGUUUUGCGUCCUCUCAGAGUCUCUGAAACCGUUCAAACACUCCAAAGCACAGCUGGAGACGCUCAUCAAGGAGAAUGGCGGCACCGUCUCGCAGCGCGCCGCGCCAGGCACAGCCAUGGUGCUCAUCGCCGACAAAAAGGUUGUCAAGGUUGCCAGCCUCAUCAAACAAGGCGACGUCAACAUAAUCCGGCCGCGGUGGAUCCAGGACUGCCUAACCCAGCGCCAAGCCGACGCCGACGCCGGCAUCGCCGACGCCUUCUUGCUGCCGUAUGAGGAAGCGCACCUGUUCCACGCGACCGACGCGCUGCGGCACGCGGCGGCGCAAAACACGGACCAGUACGGCGACAGUUACGCGCGGGAUCUGCCGCUUGAGGAGCUGCGCGCGCUGAUGCGUGACAUGCCCAAGAUUGAGAGCGUAGACGAGGCGCCGUUUGAUAAGCGCCAAUUCCUGGAGCAGCUCGAGGAGAGAGGACGGGAUUUAUCGGCACAGUUGCGCAGCAUGACAUUUCAGCGGUGCGUGGUUGGCUUUCAGGUCGGGGGUGAGGGUGUGGGUAAAGAGGCGGAUAAGGACAGGCUGGCGAGAUAUGUACGGUAUGGAGGCGGAAAGUGCGUGGAUGGUCUGGAGAGCGAAGAGCUCACGCAUGUUGUGCUGGUUGGAUAUAGUCAAGAUGCGGCAGAUGCUCUGCGACGGGAGCUGAGCUCGAGAGCGAAACUACCACGCCUAGUAAGCGCGAGUUGGAUCGAGACAUGCUGGCAGGAAAGGUCGCUCGUUGACGAGGAGCAGUACAGUGUCUGA